AUGGCCCGCAAACUACCCUGGGCCUCAGCAGCCCCAGUAGCGCCAAAAAGAACGAUUGCGUACACGCCCGCCUCACUGACUCCGCGUCCACCGAAACGACAGCACAUUCAGCCCACCUCACCUAUACCCGACGAGAUCAAGCGCGAAAUUCAAGCUGACCUCACCUCUAGCGACCUCGACCCUGUCUCUCCACGUAGGAACAGGGCACAGCAAAGAUUACGAAAUGGGCGUACACCUUCGACCUCGCCCCCGCCUGCUCCUCCAACUAUAGAGAUCUUGCGCGAAGGUUUGGAUGGCGACGAUGUAUACGUAAUGGUAGAAGAUGAAUUCCAGGCCGUUGCACAGGGGUUCACUGCCCACUUACACCAUGCCGAGUACAAGAGACUUAUGCGAGAAGCAAAGGAGCGCAAGCGGGCACCAUUACCAGACCUUGUUGUGAACAUACCUUUCGUGACUCGAGCACGUAUGCAAAGGCAGGAUCUAGAGGGGACACAGGCUGCUGGUCUGAAGGACAUCAGUGCUGGGUUACUCGCUAGCUCGGACGUAGAAGAUGUGGACGGACUAGUAGAAGAGGCGGAGAAGGAGAUGGCUGACCCCUGGACUGGCACGACUCUCGCUGGCCUCAUGAAUGCGGAUCCUGCAAAGGAAAAGACUAGUCUAAAGGGCUUGGAGAAGUUGACUUCAGGCAGUCGCGCUGCGCGUGGGCUCAUGCCGAAUUCAGACACUGUCGGAAGAGCACAACAGAGUGAAGAUCAAAUACCUACCGCGACUCGACCUCUGAGGACCGAGAGAAAUGUGGGAAAUGCGGCUGCCAAACAGGAGCAUCCAGAUAUUGGGGCGAACAGUUCCAGGUCAAGUAAACAUCAAGAAAGCCACCCUCGAUUACGCGCCAUGAACAGAAUCUUCGACGACGAUUACGGCACGGCAGAGUCCACAGCACGUUCUAUUUCAGCCACCGCAUCGAGCUCAACACCGACUGAGACACAUUCCGAGAUCAAGUCGAACAAGAAAUCAAUUCCGAAAGUCGAAACUCUGACACACUCGUCCGCCUCAACUGGCAAUUCCGUCCAUCUGUCCUCAAUAACCAGAGGUAAUAAACCCUCGACCUCAGAGACCCCAAAAUCUUCACCGAAGAAGAAGAAGAGUUUCUUCGAUGACCUAGACGACUUCGAUGUAGACGCCUUUGAUAGGGCUCAAGCUGCGGCGAAGAUGUCAUCGCAGCCUGCAUCGCAGGAGCAGCGGUCUUCCCAACUCGAGAAACCCAAGCCAAACCCGAUCAAGCAAGAACCAGAGGAUGGAAGGAUUGGUCAGAACCCGAAAAAGAGAGAUCGCUCACGAUACGAUGAAAUACCUGUGUUUUUGAUUGGAUAA